CAGCCGUCACAAGGCACUUUCAGCCAAUCGCAGCCGCCCUUCGUCGCCAACGCUGUGGUAACUCGCUCGGUGUCCGUUGGUAGUCCCGCGCGGGGCGGGGGCGGGGGCGGUGGCGGCCAUGGGAGAUAUCCCAGCCGUGGGCCUGGGCACCUGGAAGGCCGCUCCGGGGAAAGUGACAGAGGCAGUGAAGGUGGCCAUUGACGCAGGCUACCGGCACUUCGACUGUGCUUACUUAUAUCACAACGAGCAUGAGGUUGGAGCAGGGAUCCGUUACAAGAUCCAGGAAGGUGUCGUGAGACGGGAGGAUCUGUUCAUUGCCAGUAAGCUGUGGUGCACCUGGCACACAAAGCCCUUGGUGAGAACAGCAUGCUGCAGGAGUCUGAAAGCCUUGAAGCUGAAAUAUCUGGACCUCUACCUCAUGCAUUGGCCCAUGGGUUUCAAGCCUCCUCAUCCAGCCUGGAUCAUGAUUCCCAGUAAGCUCCUUUCCUUCUGCUUCUCACAUCCUGGAGUAUACGACUUGCCUGUGGACUGUACCAACAUGGUCAUCCCCAGUGAUACAGACUUCCUGGACACGUGGGAGGCCAUGGAGGACCUGGUGAGCAGUGGACUGGUGAAGAACAUCGGGGUGUCAAACUUCAACCAUGAGCAGCUUGAGAGGCUUCUGAAUAAGCCUGAGUUGAGGUUCAAACCAGUAACCAACCAGAUUGAGUGCCACCCAUAUCUUAAUCAGAAGAAUCUGAUCAGUUUUUGUCAAUCCAGAGGUGUGUCCGUGACUGCUUACCGUCCUCUUGGUGGCUCAAGUGAGGGAGUUGACCUGAUGGACGACCCUGUGAUCCAGAGGAUUGCCAAGGAGCACAACAAGUCUCCCGCUCAGAUUUUGAUCCGAUUUCAAAUCCAGAGGAAUGUAAUAGUGAUCCCCAAAUCUAUCACCCCAGGUCGGAUUAAAGAGAAUAUCCAGGCAUCUUGCUCUCUGAAUGGCCCAUAGCAGCUCUGGGUGACCAGCCAACCUAAAGCCUGAAGAAUAUGGAUUUGGCUAAGCUGUAAACUCAGUUCUCUGUGAUGGCUGCUGACAGGCCUCUUGGAAUGAGGCUGCAGGUCUCGUGCGGUGGUUAGAAUUGAGCAUUGCUGACUGACUGGCGUCUGCUCCACAUGGGGGCCUUGCUUAAUCUGCUCCACAUCUGUGCCCUGCAGGGCAGCCAGGAUUGCUCCUGGGACAUAGGCUCAGGGGAUGGCCCCAGUUCCACCCUUGUGGCUCUCAAUGCCUGGGAUCCCCAUGGCCUAGGGGCAGUGAAUGUGACAUGGGGACCUCAGGCCCAGCUGAGAUGCCCCCUUCCUCUGUUAGGUCUGCUGCACACUGAAGGCAAAUGCCAUCCCCAGGCAGUGAGACAGGACCAGGAUGAUGUGAGACCAGAGGGCCAAAGCAGAAGUGAUCUGAUGGCUGAGGACAGAGAGCAGCAGCGGGUUAGGAGGGGCCGUGGCAGUGCUCAUGCUGUCAGGAGGAGGUGGGAGCCAGGUCCACAAGACUGGCCAGGAGAAGAAAGGCACAGAGGGGUGCAGGCACAAGGCACCCAGUGCAGGGUGCUGGCCCGGCCAACCUAUCGCCCCAGUGCCAUGCAGAACUGCUGCUGCAAGGCACCUGCCCUUUGUAGGGUCUCUUCUAGAAUUGCUCACUGUUACCCUUAAAUGCAAGCAUCCCCCUACCACGGCCCCAGCAAUCCCCACUCCCUCCAGAUGACACUCAGAGGCUACUUUCUCCUGGCCUCAGAAGUGGGAGGCUUUUGUGGGAGAGAGGCUAGGGUGCUCCAGCUCCUCACAUUGGGAAUCACUCAAUACACCUUUCCUCCCCAUGGGACACAGCCACUCUGCCAGGCUGGGGUAGACGCUGAUGCUGUGGCCAUGGGUCCUCUUCCUCAGUAUGUGGGAACAAUAAAAAGGGAAAGAGGGGCGGGCCAGAAUACUGUUCUCAAGGAAGAAAAAAGGAUCACUCUGUGAUAUGGGUACUAUUCAUAGUCUCGGGGCCAAGUGGCUCCCUAGUUGGCAGGUGUAUGGAACAAAUGGUUUUGUUGGAUUUUUUUGAGGGUAGCAGGUCAGUGGAAAAAAAUUCUGUGCUUUACCUUUUAACUAUUCUCAUAUGUUCUUUAUUCCACUAAGAUGAGUGCAGUAUAUAUUCCAUCUUUCCAAGGCUUCCUAAAUGUAGCCAGAGCCAAGCCAGCACCAGGCAAAAUCUAAAUCAAAAGGCAUUUGGGAAAUCCAGGCUGUGAAUCAGGGAAAUUGCAAGGGUCUGAUGAAGUGUUUCUUUUACAUCUUCAUGUCCCCUGCUGGUCUAGCACAGUGCUAUGUAGGUAACAUGUGCCCCAUUAAAUGUGAAUUGAAUUAAGUUUUCUAUUAACAUUGUAUUUUGGUUCCAGGUGUUUGAUUUUGAAUUAACACAGCACAAUAUGAAUAGCAUCCUCAGCCUAGACAGGAAUCUCCGACUGGCCACGUUCCCCAUGUAAAUAUGGCUCCUUCUUUUUAACUAGAGGGAAAACUAUACAGAUUG